CUACUACCGUCAAGGCGUAAAGGAGUUUACCACCUCAAGAGGAUUCUUUCUUCCAAAAACGUAGAUAACGGUUUUUUAUUUUGUUCUUUCUUUUUAUUUCAUUUUAUAUUUAUAAGUUUCAGCCUUAUUUAAAUUGUGAGAUGGAUUCUUCAAAGAUGGAACAGAUACGACAGGGUCUAUUAACAUUAAAAUGGGGACAGCCACCAGGAAUGGCAAAAUCAGAUUUACAAUUGGAAAAGCAGGAUGAAGUAGAAAAAGAUCAAAAAGCCUCGAGUCUUGUGCAUAUGACAAAAGGAAGAGCGCAUCCACGAUCCCGUAGACGUCCCAAACAAGUUCCGCAAACGACAGAUACAAGACUCACUAGAAGUGUCUCACAUGGUACUGAUUAUGUAGUGCAAAAGCAAAGCCAAAUGCCUCUUACAAAGGAAUUCAAUGGAAAGGAGAAAGAUGAAAAAUUCGACAAUCAUUCAGAGGAAGCUGUGGUUAAGUCAAACCAGCAAUCCAAUACUCCACCCAAAAUUUCCAUUGAAUCUACGGUUUCUAUGAAAAACAAGCCCUAUUCUAUUCAAGAAAGAAGAAGCUUGGAUAUCCCUUCCACAAUAAGUGGUCCCUCUAACGAUGAUUUACUAGACGCAUCCAAGGAGGUAGAACAAAAGGAUUCAACACAAGCAGAAGAAGAGAAGGUUAUGGAAGCCACGAAAGGAAACGUUCUCAGAAACAAAAGCCAUUUUGAGGAAAUUGAUACUUCAAUCCCUAGAGAAGCCAACUCUGUAACUCCUAAAGAGCCAGUUGUACAUAACAAGGAAUCUGGGGAGAAUUCGCAUUCUUUCAUUCAUAUUGAUUCCGACGGAAAAAAAGCAGCCGCUUUGGCAAGGAAAUUGCCCGGCGCUUUAUCACUUCCCAAACAACGGGCUACAACAAACACACCGACUCGUGAGUCCCCCGUCGAUUCCACCUCUUCUUCAAAGAACCACAGUAAAGAUCUCAGCAAGAAUCCAAAAAUUAUACAAAUAAGACAGAGGAUCGCAAGUCUGCAACAAGACAGUGCAUCCUCGCAUGCAUCUCUUAGCAAGAUUCGCUCUGCUUCAGUCUCAUCAUUAAUAGCAACCAAAACUCAAGACAGUGCAUUGCGAAGUGUUACCCCACAAUCUCGUUCUGACGGUAUAAAGGUAAUUCCGGAUCGUAACGAGCACUCGGUCGGACACGGUUUCCCCACAAAGUCUGGAGGUUCGGGUUCUUUCGCAUCGGCUAGUCCCAAGGAGCUCAUUAGCCACAAGUCGCUGUCCCCGAAAGAAUCUAAAACACCAGAAGCAAAAGAAACUAGGAAAUUUCAAGAAAAAGCUUCGACUACGCCAUUAACAAGUUAUGUACCAGAGUUAAAUCAAUUCUCUGGGCCCAGCCUGGCUUGUAGUCAAGUACUGUUGGCCAGAUGGAAACAAGAGAAACGGCAUUACCAAGCAACCGAUUCUUCUAGUGCAAAGCAUUUAUCGAGCAUAGAGGAGAAAAAAAAGUCAACCAAUUGAGAGCGAAGCAUACUACUUUAUUUUUCCGAUGGUUUGCGUUAACUUAGAUAUAUUCCGCUAUAUCUCACAUAACAGCUUUCAGAUGACCUUAACUCAUAUAAGCAAUCUUUUCGUGCCUAUUGCCCUAUCAUGAACCCAUCAUCAUGGUCGACACGAUAGCAUCAUGGGGAAACAGAUCGACAAAUAUUUGCCGAAAACACCUAUAACUGCCGAGUGUUACAUUAUUCGUUGCGUUCCGAGGCUGAAAUCGGCAAAUGAGAUGGUGGCUGUGAGUAUGACUGCCGAAACGGAAGAAAUUCGAUUAGAUAUCGGCAAAGAUUAACAAAGGAAUUGAUCCGGGUCUAUUCACGGUAGUUGUAUAGGCUUCCCCAUUUUCGUUCAGGAGACGUAUGAGGAUGUUAAUUAGUCUCUUUUUCUUUGUUUUCUUGCUUCCUUGUCGACGACAAAAACUUGGGUCCAUUGAAUGAAGGAUGGAAGUUGUUUUUUUUUUAUUUUCAAAUAAACCAGGCUGAAAACCGGGCUUGAAAAAGAUCCGUAUAAACAAAAAUCUCGGUGAAGAAUCAUGACGUAAAGGCUUGGUAUCUUUAUUACCGAAAAGUAACAAGCAGAGUACCUUUAUUUUAACUCUAUUAUCAUUUUUCCGGCAUUUGCAAUGGGGGGCAAUAGAUUCUUGUUUAUAUAAAGAAGUGAACAGUCGCUCCUAUUUUGCAUCUGUAAAGAUUUUCAGGGCUUGUUUAGAUUCCGUUUUCACUUUUUUUUUUGUCGCUUGAGUUUUGGGAUUUUUCUGAGCUUCUUAUUAUUUGUGCCUGUCUUCUUAUUCAAA